AUGAAUAAACUGAAGCUAAUGCGUAUGGAAAACGCGAUUAGAGCGUAUGAAGAAGAUGGGUAUGGAGCUGCGAAGAUGGAGCCGUGGCCACCGGAUCGACAGCUAACACUGCCAACGAACUCGACACCGGAUGUCACACGUUGCCCCCAGACGCCGCAAUCGUCUCCAUCGGCGACGGCGCCGGAAUAUUGCAGUCUUGAGGUUUCAACCUUGAUGCCUCCGAACUCGCCUCCAUCGGAGACGGUGUCAGGUUUCAGGCCGCCGCCGAUGCCGACGCUAACACCGCCGGGAUCUAUUCGGUGUUCAAUGGCGUACGCGAGCUUGACCGGUGGUUCCUGUUCCGAUCGCCCUUUACAACCCCGUACAUCCGUCACGGAUUUAAGUUCAAUGUCUCAGGGCCAUGUCCGUCUAGGCAGCAUUUGA